UGAAGAAAAUCAGCUAAUAAUUGGAAAUGACAGGCUUUUUGGCUUUGACUAUGUUUUCAAAGAAACAGAUUCUCAAGAGUAUGUUUACAAAAAGGCUGCACUUCCAAUGGUUGAAAGUAUUCUAAAAGGAUAUAAUGCUACUCUGUUUGCCUAUGGUCAAACUGGAAGUGGGAAAACAUAUACAAUGGGUACAUGUAUCUCCGAAAGUGUGGUAAAAGAAUCCACUGGUAUUGUUCCUCGAAUUACUAAGGAUUUAUUUGAGAAAAUGCCAAAUUAUGAGUAUGAGUAUACAGUGAAGGUUUCAUUCCUGGAGGUAAUAUACACAUCUUUGUAUUAAGUUAUUUCCCAGAUAUAUAAAGAGGAUAUACAUGAUCUGUUAGGCGAAGAUGUAUCUGCAUCCUUACAAAUACGUGAAGAGAAUCAACUUGUUAAGAUCCCAGGCCUAACUGAAACAGUGGUCACAUCUCCGGAAGAAGUUCUUUAUCUUCUUCACUGUGGCUCAACAAAAAGAAGCGUUGCGAGUACGGUGGGGGGCGGAAUUUAAGAUCCAGUCGCAGUCAUACCAUCCUUACUCUAUGUUUUUUGUUGCGGCCAAAGAUAACAGAGAUGGAUGGGGAGAAUACAGGAGGUACAUUAACAGUUAAAUUACAUUUAGUCGACCUAGCUGGCUCUGAACGAAUUGAGAAAACACAUGCUGAAGGUGACCGACUUAAAGAAGGUAUCGAUAUAAAUAGAGGAUUGCUUGCCCUUGGUAAUGUAAUAAGUGCUUUAUGCGAACGGGACGCAAAGAAACGAUCGCAUAUUCCAUAUCGCGAUCCACGUUUAACUCGCCUACUUCAAGAUUCGUUGGGCGGGAAUAGUACCACAUUAAUGCUUGCUUGUGUUAGUCCUGCAGAUAUAAAUAUGGAAGAGACAUUGAACACACUUCGAUAUGCAGAUCGAGCACGUUUAAUUAAAAAUAAACCAAUUUUAAAUCGUGCUGAUCCUAAAGAUGCUGAACUUGCUAAACUGCGUGUUUUGGUUGCUCAAUUACAAGCACGAUUAGCUAACGGUUCCUCUUGUUUUCCAUUACUCAGUCCUUGUCCAAAAACAAUUAUUAAACCAUUAUCUACUACUACUACUACUACUACUACUACUACUACUACUACUACUACUACUACUACUACUACUACUACUACUACUACUACUACUACUACUACUACUACUGCGAUUAAUAAUAAUUCUACUAACAGUCAUUUUUCUUCAGAAUUAGUUACAAAUCUCAUGAAUAAAAAUAAAAAGUUAGAGAGUGAGAAGCUUCUGCUUUGUGCAGAAUUAGAUCAUAUUGUCGAACAAAUGCAGGAAUUAUACAGAAAUCGUUUCGAUACUGAUCAUCUACAUGAUACUGUAAUUUCUGAACUCCAGAAAAUCGAAUCCAUUCUCAACUCCUUAAAUCAAUUUGUUAGAGAAAAAUUCAAUGAAUAUCCUGAACUGAUUAGUUAUAUUCAAGAAUUGGAAGAUAUCCUAACUGGAUUGAUAAAACUUUAUAAUGAGUCGAAUAAAGUAAGUUCGUGGUGAAAUGAUUUUUCGGAUAUAUUUAUCACUUUGCUUAUCCUACCCCUUAAUCUGUUAUUCUUUUGAUUUUCGUAUCAAAAUCUCUAUAUCAAGGUGUGAUACUUGUAGAGAUGAUCAGGAAUAAAACCUACUUUACUUAUUGUUCUAGUUAUCCCCCAUAUAUCAGCAUAGAGUGCUUACAAUCCUGUGUGAUUGGAACUCUUUACUUUAUUUGUACGAACCAAUUAUUUAUCCCUGUGUCAUAUCCUUAUACGCAAUCUUUUGUCGAAUAUAUUACUACCAUUGAAGUAACUGCUUCUAUGAAUUCGGUGUUGAUCUUGUUGUGCUAAGUAAUUAUGGCAACUUGGAUCGAUGCAUAUAUGUGCC